AAUUCUCCGGGGUUCCUACGCCAACCGGUCCCUCCCACCACGUGGUCCAUUUCCUCCUUCUCGCCCCCGUCUUGCUGACCUGGCCCAAUCACAUCACUCCACAUCACACUCCACCACCGCCCUUCCUCUCGCUUCCGGAGGCAAACAUUGUUUCUGUGAAGAUUGAAAUGAAAGCGUGGACCGUGGCGCAUCGUUUCUUUUAAAGAUUGAAAUGAACGCGUGAUGCAUUGCAAAAUCUCUCUCUUGGUUGUUUCUUUUCUGAAUGUUUCUCUCUCUAGAUUUUGUUGCUAAGUGGAGGAAUAAUAUGUUGCAAGCAGCGUUGGGCUUCAUUCUCUUACUGUUAACCCAUGGAUUAUAGGUGCUGAACAUGUGCUCCUUAAUCUGAGUAAUUCUUGUUGAAGUGGUCGUGGUCUUCCUUUGCCUGCCUUAAUAGAUGAGCGAUACCACAAUUGUUGUUUAUAUUAGAUGCUUCUGUACUUCACCUGAUGAAGCCUAAAUCUUUUCAUUGUAGAGGACAGGGAUGAAUAUCUCUGCCCUUCUAACUUCUGCAGGCAUUAACAUUGGCCUGUGCGCACUACUACUUUCAUUAUACUCAGUCUUGAGAAAACAACCGGGCAAUAUCAAUGUGUAUUUUGGCCGCAGGCUUGCUCAAGAGCAUAUCAAGCACCAGGAUUCUUUCAGCUUGGAGAGAUUAGUGCCUUCUCCUAGUUGGAUCGUGAAGGCGUGGGAAUCAUCGGAAGAAGAAAUAUUGUCAAUAGCUGGCCUAGAUGCUGUGGUCUUCCUUAGGAUACUUGUCUUCAGCAUACGGAUAUUUUCAGUUGCUGCCAUCAUUUGCAUGUGUUUCGUGCUACCAUUGAAUUAUCACGGACAAUCUCUUCAUCGCUUUUAUUUCAAACACAUUCCUUCGGAAUCAUUGGAUGUAUUUACCAUAGCCAACGUUAAGGAAGGUUCGAAAUGGCUUUGGGUACAUUGUGUGGCUUUGUACAUCAUAACUUGCUCAGCUUGCAUUCUACUGUAUUUUGAGUACAAAAGCAUUGCUAAAAUGAGGCUUGCUCAUCUUAUUGGGUCCCCUCCCAACCCAAGUCACUUCACAGUUCUAGUUCGUGCCAUUCCAAAAUCUGACAGUGAAAGUUUUAGUGACUCUGUGAAGAAUUUCUUCACAAAUUAUCAUUCAUCCAGUUACUUGUCACAUCAGAUGGUUUUUAAGACAGGAAAAAUACAGAAACUUAUGAACGAUGCAGAGAGAAUUUAUAAAGGGAUUGUCCUAUUGAAGUCUAAUCAGUUGCACCCUAGAUGUGUACCAAAUAAAUUGACAUGUGGACUUUGUGGAAUGUCUGAUCCAAUUGUAAUAUAUUCAAGGAAACUGGAAAGUGUUGAAAGGAAAGCUCGCAUUGGUGAUUCAGAUUCAUUUUCUGAACCCAAGGAAUGUGCUUCUGCAUUUGUUUUCUUCAAGACUCGCUAUGCUGCAAUUGUUGCUUCUCAAGUUCAGCAAUCGUCAAAUCCUAUGUUAUGGGUUACAGAUUUAGCCCCAGAACCUCACGAUGUUUAUUGGUCAAACCUUUGGCUCCCAUACAGGCAGCUUUGGUUCCGGCGCAUUGCUACCCUUAUGGCAGCUGUUGUUUUCAUGUUUUUAUUUCUUAUUCCUGUCACAUUUGUUCAAGGCCUUUCACAACUAGAACAGUUGCAGCAGAUGUUUCCCUUCCUGAAGAGCAUCUUAAAGAAGACCUUCGUAAGCCAGAUUGUAACAGGAUACCUUCCUAGUGUCAUUCUCCAGUUGUUUCUAUAUAUUGUUCCUCCAACAAUGAUGUUAUUCUCAGCAAUUGAAGGUCCAAUAUCUCAUAGUGGAAGGAAAAAAAGUGCAUGUUGUAAAGUACUCUACUUUACCAUCUGGAAUGUGUUCUUUGUGAAUGUGUUGUCUGGAUCUGUCAUUAGCCAGCUGAAUGUGAUAUCCAGUCCGAAAGGGAUACCUACUCAGCUUGCGAAAGCUGUCCCAAGGCAGGCAACUUUCUUCAUCACUUAUGUUUUGACAUCUGGUUGGGCAAGUUUGUCGUCUGAAGUUGUGCAACUCUUUGCCUUAAUUUUGAACUCGUUUAAAAGAGUAUUUUGUGGAGGCAGUUAUGAUUCAGAUUCCACGCCAAGUUUUCCUUAUCAUACAGAAGUUCCUAAAGUUCUCCUUUUUGGACUCCUUGGAUUUACGUGUUCAAUUUUGGCACCCCUAAUACUGCCAUUCUUGCUGGUGUAUUUUUUUCUCGGCUAUGUCGUCUAUCGUAAUCAGAUUCUCAAUGUAUACUGCUCGAAGUACGAGACAGGGGGACAAUUCUGGCCUAUUGUGCACAACACAACCGUUUUCUCUCUGAUACUGACACAAAUCAUAGCAUUGGGAGUGUUUGGCAUAAAGCACUCCCCAGUGGCCUCAGGUUUUACCAUUCCCUUACUUCUAUUCACUCUCCUUUUCAACGAAUAUUGCAGACAGCGGUUCUCUCCCAUAUUUCAUAGCUAUUCUGCUGAGGUUCUCAUAAAAAUGGACAGGGAGGAUGAGGGAAGUGGACGAUUGGAUGGGAUUCUUGAACAAUUGCAAGCAGCCUACUGUCAACCUGAAAUGAUGGUUCAUGAUAUCCUUGACUGUGAGGAUGGGAACAGUGGUGGGGGUGAGAGUAUCAGAUGUUCUCAAGAGUUGCAUAAGGCUUUCGUUCAUCCUGCAUUAGGAAGAACUUCAUUCUCAAGACUUCAACAGGUUUUGUUGUGGCUAUCUUUGCUUGUCACCUUUCAGGAGAGAAAUGCAUCCAAGUGAGCAUUCUAUUAAUUCUUGUCACAGUUUGUUUGGCCUAAUCAUUCUGGCCUGGUGAUCUCCCAAGUUGUAUUUUCAUUAGUAUUCUCAUUUUAUUGUAAAUAGAUUGUCAUAUAUAUAUAUAUAUAUAUAUAUAGAAGACUCUUAACAAUGUGCAUUAGGUUAAAAAUUAUAUGGUACAUUUAUCUGGAUUAUAUUUCUCAUGAAAUCCGAUCAAACUGUAUUUAAAAUUUGGUUCA